CGGAAACAGCAUGGCAUCAGGGUUGUUUCUGAAGUGUGUGUAGAUUAGAUUUGCCAAAUUAUUUGUAGGCUAUAUUCUAAUCUGUCGUGGAGUUUUAUAUUGGAUGUAUUUCAUAUAGUGCAAAUUGCUUGGUCAUUACACUAAUGUCAGUUAGAUUAUACGUGUAAGUUAACGUUAACGCAGUCAGUAAUAACCGUAGAAGACCACCAUGAAGCUCAAACGGCAAAAACAAGCCAAGAAAACAAUAAGCUUUUAUAAAUAUAACUUCAGUUUUCGGGAACCUUUUCAAAUAUUACUCGAUGGAACUUUCUGCCAAGCUGCGCUCAUCGGGAAAAUACAGAUCAAAGAACAAAUGCCAAAGUAUCUCAUGGGAGAGGUGCAACUCUGUACCACCAGCUGUGCUCUAAAAGAAGUAGAAUCUCUGGGGAAAGACCUGUACGGCGCAAAACUCAUUUUACAGAAAUUUCAGGUCAGGAGAUGCCCACACUUCGAUGAACCAGUUCCAGCGUCGGAGUGUCUGUUAUCUAUGCUGGAAGGCACAAACCCACAUCACUAUUUCAUUGCCACACAGGAUAAUGAACUGACAAAAGGCCUCAAGGAAAUACCAGGUGUGCCAAUUAUGUAUGUUAUCCGAAACACCAUGGUGUUGGACAAGCCAUCCGAAGGUUCCCUCAAACGUGUCCAGGCGGUCCUUGCCGGGGAGAUGGUGCCUCCAUCUCAGCAGCAGAGCAUCAGCAAGCUGAAGGAAGCGCAAGGAGUCAACGCAGAGGAAGGCGUUCGACGCAAGCGCAAACGCAAGUCGGGGAACCCAAAUCCACUGAGCUGCAUGAAGAAGAGGAAGAGCGGACCCACGCCACCCAAACCGAGCACAGACGGAGAGCAGAAGAAGAAGAAACCUAGAAAACGCAAACGAAAACCUGCAGCUGGAGCUGGAGGAGCAGGAGGACAGACUGUCACAGUCAAGCCAAAUACUCUCUAGUAGUUUCAGGACCAAAAUGUGCAAGUGGACUUUGAA